UCUCUUUUCUCCUCUUUUGCUUCCUCUCUCGUCUUCCAACUUCACCGGUGAUUCCCUCUGCUCGCGGGCGAUGGAGAUGGCGCAGCUGAAGCUCGCGGUUUUGGCGCUUUGCCUGUUUCUGCCUUUCAACCGAGCGACCGACGUCAAUUACUGCGAUAAGAAGACGGAGUACGCCGUUAAGGUCUCUGGAGUGGAGAUAUCGCCCUCUCCGGUGGCGAGAGGCAAGCCGGCCACCUUCAGCAUUGCUGCGACCACAGGCGAAGCAAUCAGUGGUGGGAAAUUGGCGAUCGAUGUCUCAUACUUUGGAUUUCACAUUCACAGUGAAACCCAUGACCUUUGUGAAGAGACAUCUUGUCCUGUAACAGAGGGAGAUUUUGUUGUGGCUCACUCACAAGUUUUGCCUGGAUUUACCCCGCCUGGUUCUUAUUCCCUCACGAUGAAGAUGUAUGAUGAGAAUAAGCAAGAGCUAACCUGCAUUGCCUUUGAUUUCAACAUUGGGUUCGCUUCAUCUGUAGUCGAAAGCUAAAAGCUCUGGAAAGUGGUUGAAGUCUCCUUAUGAGUGUCACCGUAAUAGUGUACAAAAGGGAGUUUCUUUAAGAGUUUGUUCUUCCUAAUCACUGUUGAAUACUUCGACGCGUGUCUUGUAACUCUUUUAUGUUCUGGAGAUCCUGAAUGAACUUCGGCUUGUCAUGCAUGUAAAAUUCCUCUGGAA